CCGACUCACGAUGUCUCUGCAGAGCAUGCUUAGCACGUGCACAUGGCGUCCCUGCAUGGCACCACGAUCCAGGCCACUGCUUCGAGGCCAAUGCUCGCCAAGGAACCAGAAGAGGAGAAGAGGGCAUUGGCAAUGACGCCGACACGUCAAGCCAAGUCUGUUCGCGAGCGACUGUACCAUAAAACGUAGAAACAGAAGCAAUAUGAUGUCGGCGGCAAUCGGCGGAGCAGCAGAAAUCCUGCCCUCGCAUGGACAGUGAGCGAUCAUGAGACUUUGAAGGCAUAUAUAGCCUCAAGUCGUCGCCCGGGAGAUGCAACGUACAGAGCCCAGCGCUGUACAGCUGAGAAAGUUCUCGGUACUUCAGCCCGGCCGGAAAGCGAGGUUCAGGGAACGCAGCGAGAUUGUCAGUCUGCAGGGGUGAGCAUCGAUUGCUUCACUUUUCCUCCUCUUGGUAUCCAGCGCAGAGGUAGUGUCUCACGAUGAUAGCAUUUGGAAUACUGAUCACAGCACUCGUGCCGUUUGCUUUAGCACUCUACCGGAACGGCUCGGUGACAGCACCGUGCGAAUCACCUUUGUAUUGUCGUGGCGAGAUAUUGAAGCAGAUUCAGCUUGCUGGGGCAUUCGAGGACAGCAAGACGUAUGUUGACCUACCGACGAUUCGACCAUUGAACGAAGUUCUCGAAGCAUUCGAAAAUCUCAAAAAACCACUUUCGAACAACACCGAGCUGCAGCAAUUUCUAAGCACCUACUUCGGAAAAGCCGGCAGCGAGCUUAAGGAGCUGGAUCCAAAUUCGUUUCAGACUAAUCCAACUUUUCUUGAGAAUGUCAACGAUACCAAUAUCCGAAGCUUCAUAAGCCAAGUCAUAGACAUCUGGCCUAACCUGACACGCUCUUACGCAGGCGGUGGGAAUUGCUCAGAAUGUGUAAGCUCUUUCAUACCUCUCAACCGCACGUUUGUGGUUGCAGGUGGACGCUUUCGAGAGCCCUACUAUUGGGAUAGCUACUGGAUUCUGCAAGGUCUGCUUCGCACAAGGGGCUCAUUUACUGAGAUCGCGCGGAAUAUCAUCGAAAACUUCCUGGAUCUGAUUGACGAAUUCGGGUUCGUCCCCAAUGGAGCUAGGCAGUAUUAUCUGAACCGGUCACAGCCUCCAGUUUUGACUGAGAUGGUAAAGGCAUACGUCGGCUACACCAAGAGCACAUCGAUAUUGGAACGCGCGCUCCCAAUAUUGGAGAAGGAGUAUGCCUUUUGGACGACCAAUCGCAGCGUUGAUGUAGAAGUCAAUGGGACCUCAUAUCGACUGAGCCAUUACGCUGUUGAAAACAAUCAACCUCGGCCAGAGAGCUAUGUUGAAGAUUACCACACUGCCACGAACCAGUCCUACUUUGCCGCGUCCGGUAUCAUUUAUCCGGCCACGCCACUGAACUCUUCUCAGCUCGAUGUACUGUACAGCGACUUGGCUUCUGGCGCCGAGAGUGGAUGGGACUACUCUUCUCGAUGGAUCGCCAAUGUCAACGAUGCUAUCCAAGGUAUUUAUUUUCCUCUUCGUAGCCUGAACACUAUCAACAUCGUCCCGGUCGAUCUCAACAGUAUUUUGUACGCCAAUGAGAUUGCCAUAGCAGAGUUUCACAACAUGACCGGCAACGCUACUGCCGCGGCCUCCUGGGCAGAACGUGCCGCAGUCCGAUCUGCUGCCAUGGCCGCAGUUCUCUGGAGCGAAGAGCACUGGAGCUACUUCGACUACAAUCUCACCUCCCAAGCACUCAACAUGUAUAUACCUGUUGAUGCCGACGCGAAUGCCACGGAGACCCGCGAUGCCCCAAAGGGCAUGCAAGUCUUUGAACACAUCGCACAGUUCUAUCCGUUCUGGACCGGUGCUGCUCCAGACUACCUCAAGAAUAAUCCUUCAGCAAUCUUGCGAGCCUUUGCGCCUAUAGAAAGGCAGCUCGAGCGUUUCCGCGGAGCGCCUCCAGCUACAAAUCUCAAGACCGGCCAACAGUGGGAUGAACCCAACGUCUGGCCUCCGCAUGUGUACAUCCUCAUCGCCGGUCUCCUCAAUACUCCUGCAACUUUCGGACCCGAUGACCCUUCGUACAUGCGCAGUCAGUCGCUGGCUCUCGAAAUUGCUCAACGAUACCUUGAUAGCACAUUCUGUACUUGGAGAACUUCAGGCGGCGCAACACCCGACUUGCCUAAACUUAGUACAGUGCAUCCUGAAGAAGAUUUUGGUGGUGCGAUCUUUGAGAAGUACAAUUCUACUGAUAUCUUGACUUAUGGUGGUGGUGGGGAGUAUGAUGUACAGCUGGGCUUUGGGUGGAGUAAUGGUGUGCUGAUUUGGAUUGGAGACUUGUUUGGGCGGGAACUAAAAUUACCUGAGUGUGAGAGGCAGUUGGAAGGUGGAUUGGAUUCGAAUGCAAUGAGGAGCAAGAGUGACGAGUUGAGGAAGAGAGAUGCGGGAUGGAGGAUGGCUGGACAUUAG